AUCAUUGCCAUCAUCGGGCCAACUGGCAUCGGCAAGACACGUCUCAGUGUCGAGGUCGCAUCUGCCGUCAAUGGAGAGAUCAUCUCAGUCGAUAGUAUCCAGGUCUACCGCGACUGUCCCAUCAUGGCCGCGCAAGUCACCAAAGCGGAAAUGAAAGACGUUCCUCACCAUCUGGUAGAUUAUCUACAGGCGAGUGAAGAGCCUGUAGAUUUUGUCGCCCAGGCUGUACAAGCCGUCAAGUCUAUCCACAGCCGAGGCCGCAUCCCCGUCAUCUGCGGCGGGUCAACAUUGCUCAUGGAGCCACUGCUGUUUCACCCCUUCAUUCAGGAGCAGAACUUUCUCGCCAUUGCCUUCAACUCCGAUCUAUCAACCAUAAAAGGCCUCUGUGAUGGCCGAAUUACAAGCAUGCUUGAAGAUGGGCUCUUGGAUGAGGUCAAGAAGCUCAGUGAGCUGGAGAAAAAGCAUGGCCUAUAUGAGAGCCCUUCUCGUACUGGGGCAUGGAAGUCGAUCGGCUAUCCGGAGCUCCGUGCCUGGCGUGAUGCUACGACUCCCGAAGAUGCUGAGAAGGGACUGAGAGAUGGGUUGGAACUAAUGAAGCAGAACACUCUCCAAUAUGCCAGCAUGCAGCUGGAA